AUGUCAACAUUAACAAGGUCUAACACAUUAUUUACGCUGCCAGGAGUAUCACAAUAUGCUAGAACUGGAAGUUUUAAUACAGUGAUUGAUCAUUUAGAAUUAGAAAAUAACUUGGAGAUUGUUAAAGAAGGCCAAAAUACAAAAAGAGUUUGCGAUAUAGCGAAACCGGUCAAAAAAGUUGAAUCGGAAAGUAAAAAAGAUAUAGUUGGUCAGAAAAAGAAUAAAAAUGCAAAUUACCACGAAUUAGAGGUUCAACUAAUGAUGAAGGAUAGAAUGAUAGAGGAAUUAUUAGAGGAAAAUGGGAAACUAAUUGACAGUAUGAAUAAGAUAGAACAAGAUAAGAUAGACGAAACAAAUAGAAUACAACAAGGAACAGAAAUGAUAUUACAACAAGUAGUAGAAGACAAUGAAUGGUACAAAGCACAAUUUUUGGAGAUGAAGAAUGAAUUAGAAAAAGCUAUAUCUCAGACUAGAAACAAAGGAAGAGAAAUAACUACUUUAGAGAAAAGAUGUAAAAAUUUGAUAGAGGAGAAGGAAACAAUACAGAAUUUUUUGGAUGAGUUAACUGUACAAUAUGAUGAAAGAGUUUAUCAGUUACAAAAACAUAGUCAGAACAUAAAUGAUAUAAGAAAGUUGGUGAAAAAGUAUCUCGGACGCAAUAGUAGAGUAAGAAGAUAUAAAGAACAAUUACCAGAUACUUUAUAUUGUUCAAUUAAUGAUAUAAUACAGAAAAUUAAAGAAUUAUUGAAUUCUGAAAGUAAUUUUUCAAAAAUUAAAUAUUUGGUGGAUGAGGUGGAAAUAAAUACAUUAAACUUUGAGACAGAAAUUGAAGAAAUACUGGAGAAAAUUAAUUGUAAAAACUACAAUAUUGAAAAUCCAAAUGAAAAUAUUAAUAAAGAUAUUGAUUUAACCUGCCAAUCAGUAAUGGAAAAUCAAAAUGAUUUAAAGUUAAAUAGUGAUUAUCAGAAAAUUAAUAGUGAACUGGAAAAUGCAAAAAAUGAAAUUGAACAAUUAAAAUUUGAGAUUACUAGAAAGGCAGAAAUUAUUGAAGAAUUAAAAAAUUCGAAUAAAAAUGUUAAAUUGGAUAUUCUUGAUAAUAUUAAUAAUUCAAAAGAAGAUUCAAAAAUCAAGGUUCUUGAAGAGAAAAUUAGUAUUUUAGAAAAUGAAAAAUACGAAUUAAUUAAAAAGAUUGCAAAUAUUAAUCGAAACAAUAUGAGUAAUCAAUUAAAUGUUAACGAAUAUAUUAAUAGAAAAUUAUUAGUAAUUACAGAAGAAGGAAUCUCUUCUAGUGUAAAUACAAAUAAAAGUGUGAGCAACAAUGAAGAGGAUAAUGUUCAAAUAGAUCAGAUAUUAAAUAAUGAAAAUUAUAAAACUUGUGUUAAAGAUUGUGAUAAAGAUAAUGCAAUCGAGAAAAACAAUAAUGAAGAAAUGCAGGUAGUUUCAGUUUCUGAUAUUAUUGAUAAAUAUAUAAAAUACCCUGUUGAUAAUAAUGGGAAAAAAAAAAUUAUACAAAGAAAUUCUAUUCAAAGAAAUAAAUACUAUUAG